CCCCUCCUGUUCCAUUCGUCAUCUUCCGUCCCAGAGAGAUGACUCCGUGAACCUCUCUUAUCUCGCAUGCGGCUUCAGUGAGCUUUCCAGGACACGACGGCAACGACUAAUCUGAUCUUCGCCGCCGUGAGUUACCGGGGUUUCUGCCCUCUUUACUUCUACCCGGAGUACGUCCAGGGUGUUCGCUCGAAUUAAACCCUGCAAUUAUCCAUUAUCCCCAAGGGACCGCAUUCUGAACCGUCGAUACGUUCGUUACCUUCAUCACCACCACUUUCUCUUUCCGAUCCCAGAGUUCGUCUCGUAGAGAAACUCCUCGGGCCUGCUCUCUGCUCCAUCCUUGCUUCGAAACCCGUUCAGCGCCCACUGCACAAGCCGUUUACCCCGGCAGUCCCUCCAGCCAUGUACUGACACCCAUGGGGCUUCGCCAACGGCAAUACUGUCAACCAUAUUCCGUUACAUUGACGUCCCCUGAAUCCCCCCUUCACAUCUCUAGCUGGGAGAAAGGCGACCAAAAAAUCUUCUGAUCCCUUUCACCAUAGGCACCUUGGUCAUGUCUGCAUACCAAAUGUCUUCCGAAAUCCCUUGGCAACAUGACCCUUAUUACGAUGCUUCCCCUCCACGCACCCCUCCCCGCCAUGUCAAUUACAUAGAUAGCCAGAAUGGACUCCUAGGCACACGAUCUUCCUUUCCGGAAACCUUUCUUGACGACAUUACUCCAAUCGACGGGAACCAACACGAAGACUCAGGAGAUGACGAGAGAGAUCCCCAUGACCUUUCGUUAUCUCCGCAGCACGUCACCAGAACUUCCGUCGUGGAUAACAUGCUCCUUUCAUUAGAUCAGUUUUCAGAGACCAAUUUCCAUUCUUUGGAGGAACCACAUCGCUCCCGGUCGCAAGACCCCGACCCCUACACCUUGUAUUCCCGUUAUGCGACUGCAUACUUCAGUCGUCAUCGUGGUCACACCUUCUCUUCUUCCCUUUCUUCGGAAAUAGAACGAUUUGAUGAUAGCGGCAGCCGUUAUUGUGGCCAAUCUGCACGUGGACGUCGCAGCAAUAGCAGCUCCAAUUUCCAGUCCACGAUCCGACGGGUUGAUGAUGUCGAUAGCGGAACAGAAAAACUGAGCAAUCGCAGCAGGGUCUUCGAGGCACAACGGGCGACAAUGGGCAAGCAAUCUUCCCGAUGCUUGAGGAAUGGAAGCCGCAGCAGCGAUUCUUCCGGACUCGACAUUACCCAAAUGUUGGCGGGUAGUCGUAUUGGUAGAGGAAGGCGUUCCAUUAGUUUCGAUUACGGCGCAGACGGCCCAGCGACAAUACCGGUGGAUAAUGCCAUGUUACUCUAUGAUGACAUCAACGCCGCACCUACACCCAAUGUGCCCGUGGGGCCACGAAGAAGCAAUUCUCCUGCCGUUAAGGAUUACUCCAAUUCUCAAUAUGUGGCCACUGGGAACGGUCGGACUCCUGCUUUGUCUCGCAAGAACAGUACUAAGUCUGCGCGGAGCAUGUACAACAGAAAGGGACGGUCUGACACCUUAGGAACGACCACUAUCAAAGGACGGCCUGACGACAGUAGGCACCUUCGAGACAAUCGCCCCGAUAUCCCUCCGAUGCCGCCUCACGCCCGUAUACCUGCCCCUAGCCCCACAAUUGCACUCCACAAACCGGUUCAAUUCCCCCCUCCCGUGGAAUCUGUCACCCCACCGCCCAAAGAACGAUACGGCUUCUUUCGACGAGUUUUUGGAUCGUACAAGUCGUCGUCACCUCCUCAACCGGAGAAAACACAGAGUUACGCUCGGGAUAAUGAAGGUUUCUGUCGGCCCAGGGAAUCACAGAGCGCUCCCAACAGUUCUAAGGGCUAUCCUCAACAUGGCCAAUACGGCGUGGGUCGCGAUAAUACUUCAAUCGUGACUAAAAAGCCAUCAUCUUUCUUCCGCCGACGAAAGAAAUCCUCGACAGAUCAUGUUCCACCCCCGUUGGUUAUACCUAAUUCUAAUCUGAAACUUGUUCAUGCACAAGGAAACGUAGACGCGGAGCCGAGCCCGAGCGGUAGCCUCCGUGAGCUUAUGAAGCCCUACAUGACCGGGGCCUCUUCUCCUGUCGUUAACGAAUCAAAAAUGUUUACAGAACCUGAUGCACAUUUGGCUAGACUCGAAAUUGAGCCCGGAAAUCAACACUCCGUGAGAGAGGCACCAAGAGAUAUGGCUGGAAGCAAGCGUCCAUGUACGGAUGGUAGAUCGGAAUUUUCACAUGUCAACAGCACUUCAAACGCAAAAUCUGGCAUUGAUCCGAAUUCCGCGCUCUCUAACCGCGGUGAUUCUUUCUUGGUGGAUAGCAGUGGGAAUGAAGGCGCUCCCAAACAAAGCCCUGAGGAUUUAUCUAAACGACCUAAGACAAGCCCUGUUCCUGAGACAUCGUUACGUAACACUAUGUUAACUGGCAAUGGAAGUAAACAGAACUCAAAGGUGGCUACUAGAGUUGACAACAAACUCUCUGUUAGCACGGGCAUGCAUGUGCGAGAGGAAGCCCGCCCUAAACCUGUCCCAUCAUCAGAUCCAAAGCAUGAGCCAACCAAGCCGGCGUCAUUGCUCGAAGCGUCGGUCCAAUCGCCUCCGGUUUCAGCAGCAACCACCGUCUCUACUUAUCAGACUGCCUUGAAUACACCCCUUAUGAGUCCCGCUGAGGACCUCAAUUCAAACCUCGGAAAAAUGAUAACGACGUCUCCCUCGCCGAUUGAAGAAAGUGUGGAUCAGAGACGGGAGGAUGCGGCCGACAUUGGCACCGGCGGAAGCCCCAGUGCCGCAGAUCGGGACCAAGCUCAGAAGCUUUACGACUCGGUCGAGGAUGGCCAGAAGGCUGAGCUUACAGCCACAUGGCUUGGAAACCCUGACAGAGCUGGGGUCAGAAAGGCGUAUCUAGAUUUGUUUGAUUGGUCGGGUAUGGAUAUUUUGGCCGCCAUGCGCAGCUUAUGCUCGAAGAUGGCUCUAAAGGGCGAAACACAACAAGUCGAUCGGGUCCUCGAUGCAUUUUCAUCUCGUUGGUGUGAAUGCAAUCCAAACCAUGGAUUCAAAGCAACAGCCGACAUUGAACAAAAGAUGACACGGAACCAGUUCAUUCGUAAUACCAUGCCCACGAUUGAGAGAGUCGUGGUGGAUGCGGCGCCUGACGCAUUUGAGGGCAUCACCUCCAACAAACUCCACCGGCCUCGAAGCACUGACAAUAGUGGGUCACAGCCGGGGAGGGCUUCAACCCCCUAUCGUGAGAGGGAUGACAACGAAACGAACAUUGCGUCAAACUUCCUAAACACUCCACAAGAUAAUAUUUCAAAAGCGACCGCUGCAGCUAACAUCCCUAAUAUCAAUGGUGGUGAUAUCUCAGCUGCUAGUUCUAUCCAACUUGUGAAUGUUCCAUUCCGAGGCACGAAAAAGGCGUGGGAAAAUCAGAUCGAAUCGGCUCUCAAGGAGUUCUACAAUUCCAUCCAGAAGCGGCGGCUUCCAUUGCGCGGAGCCCAGGCGGAGCCUGAGGAACAGCAGCCUUCCAAUAAUUUCCUAACGCUUACAAGCAACGUGUUACGAAGGACACCAAGUACCCUAAGCAGAGCCACUACAUCAGAUCUUUUUACCCGUGGUCGCCCCACGGAUCAUCGGUUGUCCACGGCUCGAUGGGCAUCCAAACCAAGGUCACGACCGCGCAUGUAUCCGCCAUCUACGAUGACGUCCAGUCGCACUAGUUUAGAUGAUCAAUCAGUUUGGUCACCAACGGCAUCCAGCACAUGGAGCAAGGCCUCCUUGGGUAAAACACUAACGUCUAUGUCGGUCGAUUCUUUAGGUUCUGAGUACCCGCGAGGUGACUAUCAGCAGUCGAUUGGAUUUGCAAAUGCAUUGAGCCAUGCUAUCAUCAGGGAGGAUUCUGCUAGCUGCAUUCUUGGAACGGAAGACUCUACGCGUGCGGAAUCCUUACUCGAGGAUGACACGUUAGAGCUAGCUGGAGCACCGUGGGCGAAGGAGGGGAGCUUGAAACAUAAACACCACCUUGACUCUGUCGAUAAACGAGCGAAGGAUAGGAACUGGAAUGAAACUUUCGCGGUCAUUCAGCGAGGGUGGAUGCGGUUGUUUUCUUUUAAUUCGUUAACCAAGUCGACGCGGCUGAAGCCUAAGCAGAGACAAAACGGUGGUAUCGUCGUUGGCGGAGGGAAUUGGAUGGAGAAUGCAGAGGAAACAUGGAAAUUCCUCUUGCGCCAUACGAUAGCCAGCGCAUUGCCGCAGCCCGGAUACUCCAAGUCCCGACCUUAUGUUUGGGCGUUGAGUCUCCCUACUGGAGCAGUCCACUUAUUCCAAGUUGGCACACCAGAAAUUGUCAAGGAGUUCGUUUCCACGGCAAACUACUGGAGCGCCAGACUCUCUAAAGAGCCUAUGUUCGGUGGAAUCAGCAACAUCGAGUACGGCUGGAGUGAUGCCGUCAUAAAUCAUGCUCUGCCUCAACCCGAGGACCAUAAACCCACGAGCUCCUCUGGAACUCGACUCAGUAUUCAGAGCUCCAUUCGGAGCUCGAUCGAUCAACAAAGCGUUCGCCCACGGCUUCCUGCUGAUAGAAUUCACAUCAGUGAUUGGAUGCCACCGCAACAAAGCAUGAUUGCAUCAACCCUUACCGAAAGAGAGCAGCUUGAUGCACUCUGUUCUUACGUAAAAUACGUGGAAGAAGAGCUGAAACGCCAUAAUGAGCUUCGACCAGCCAUGGUGCUUGCCUUUACGCCUCGACACCCGAAUGCAACUAAGUCGCUUGCUAAUUGGGAACGCAAGUCGUCCUAUCUCCUUCGGGAGAUUGUCAAGUUCCGGACAUAUAUUGAUUGUUUACAAGCUGCCCGGGUUCAAAAAGAGAAAUUUGAUAGUUCCCUUCGUCCAGAAGAACAGGAAUCCAAAGGAGAGGAGCAACCCGAGACUCCUCAUCCUACAUUAGGCGACAUCACGCUGGCCGACUAA